AUGAACCAAGACAACAAUAAUAAACCGGUUUAUAACCCAACAAGACACAAACGCCACCACUUGCUGCUGCUGCUGCUGCUGCUGCUCCUGCUGUCCAACUCUUCCUCAUCCUUCAUCCCUUCAUCGUCCACCACUUGGGACUACUCUCCAUCCCUUGCCCCCUCAAGAACCUCGGAUUCUGGCCCAGAAAUAAAACUACCAAUGACCCCCGAGAGUAAAUCUUCUCCGUUGAUGAAUUUGAAUUUGCCCUUGGAUUCUCGCAACGACACAUACACCACCGCCAGUGCCAGUGCCAGGCUAAGAAGGCCUUCCAAUGACCUGGUGAUGGUGGCCAGGAAAAAGAUUUCUUCUCCUGAUUUGUCAAGAAGUUUUGCCUCCUCUUCUUCAGCCUCUUCCACUCCAAGAAACUCAUUUUCCAGCAAUAAUAAUAAUAAUAAUAAUGCUAAUGCUAAUAAUGCUAACGCCCCCAGGAUGGGGAGUGGGGAAAUUAUUGAUUUGAUGGAACGUGAACAAGACGCUAUUGUGUUGAAAUUGAUGAGAGAAAUCAACCAACUAAAAGAAGAAAAUAAAAUCUUGAAAGCCCAGAUCAACAAUAACCCCAAUAUCGGAGUCUCUAGAAGCUCGUCGCUAUCCGGAGGAGCUUGCUCUAGAAGAUUCUCAUCGUCCUUAGUCGAUAAUGAUGGGUCAUGUCCGAGAAAACGGUUUUCCACUUCCAGUAGAACAGGCAAUAAUAAUAAUAAUAAUCAUCAUCAUCAUAGGUUCAGUGAUGUCUCUGCCAACUCUACAACCCUUAGUCCAUUCCAUAAUUAUAAAUUAGACAGUAAUCCUGACGAUUCAGCUAUAGUGAUUAGUGAUAAUGACAAAAUAAUGCUGCCGGGGCCAAAUAUUCCGAGAAAUGGUAAAGAGUUGCGAAAUGUCGAUGCUUCGGAUAAUAAAAUGGGCAAAUCUUCAGAUAUUCUUCAAUCAUCACUUGAAGAUUAUUAG